UCCUAUUGAGCAUUGGAAAUAUAUAAUUGUUUACCGGUUGAAGUCAGCUUGCCUGCCAUGCCAGCAGAAUUGUAGGACUAGUAGGAGUUGCUACAUCAACCGGCGAAACUGGGGAGAAAACGACCAACACCAACCUGGAGUAAGCUCCGCGUGCGGCAGUGCAUGAAGAAUGCAGCUCUCCGGCUCCACGCAUCGCGGUUGAGAGGUGUGUGCGCUGCUUCAGCCCCAGUCCGUCUCGGGCGUCUUUACUAUACGGUAUACCUCUCACUCUCAGCUGCCCACCCGUUGUGCACAUUGGUCCAGUUAGCCCAGUAGUACAGCAUUCCUAACCAACACUCAACAGGAGCUCCUACUGGCCAGCGAGUACUACUACUAGUUUGCUACCGGCGGCAAGGCCGCUACUGAAGUGCCCUGCAAAAAGGAUGGCGAAACAGUCGCGUCACCCAGGUAUGCUGUUUAUACUUGACAAGGCGUCCAAUGACCUCGUGCCCGUGAAAGCGGUCGUCAAGGAGCGUGAGCUGAUCUUGCAAGAGCAAGUGCGCUCUAGAAGUGCGGCCGUGCCGAUCGGUGACAGUCAGCGACAAACUGCUGCAAGCAAGAUCCGCCCCACGUCACCACGCUCAGCCUUUAAUACCGCCACGGGUGUCUCUCAGGAUAUGCCAGAGAGGGUACCGAUGCGCUCCGUCACACUGCGGCCGGAAGGACCAUCGGGUCCGGGUAUGAGUAUCAUGGGUGGGUCUGAACAUGAUAUGCCGAUCGUCAUCUCCAAGAUCUUCCCUGGACAAGCAGCUGAUCGGUGUGGUGACAUUCACGAAGGUGAUCAGAUCGUCGAGAUAAACGGAGUGAACGUUGAGUCGACGGAGCAUAGAGAUGUGGUGAACUUGCUGAAAUCUGACACGGUCACCAUGGUUCUGCGCAAGUAUAUGCCUG